UAGCAAGAAUAUUUUCGUUCAUGUUGAACCACAAUACCAAUCCAAAGCCAUAUAUUCAAUAACAAUUAACUGAGUGUGCCGUACUCUCCUCCAAUCCACCGAUGUCGAAAAAGCUAAGGAGCAGAAGUCGGAAACCGGACCAAUCGGAAAAUCAGACUGGUUGUAUUUUGAGCCUCCAACCAACCCUUGAACCUGCGCUUACUUACGCUCUCGGCCAGACGUCAUACCACCAGCAUCAACCAUCUCUCACCCUACCAUUGUUCCUUCUUUAAACUAUCGUUCGGACCACAGUAGUUUAAACCUCUUUAAAUCUCCAAAACUCCAAUGGCAACAAAAACACCUCGUCUCGUUGUUUGUGGUGGAAGUGGCUUUCUUGGUAUAUUUGUCUCUAACCAUUUUAACGCCCUCGCUAACUCUUUGCCUAGGCUCACGUAUUUGCAAGUCAGCCGUUUCCCGGGGCUGGACUGUAACCUCGGUUAGGUGGGUAAAGCUUCCAGGGAGCCUUUUUGGUAGCAUCACUGACCUAGGCUGAUUCCCCCCCUCGUUUCAGUCGCACUGGCGAGCCCGAUUGGAGCGCGGCUUUUGGAUCUCCAACGCCCCCGGAAUGGUCUGGGAAAGUGACCUGGGCCAAAGCAAACCUCUUGUUCCCUUCAACCUAUAAGGAGUGCCUUAAGGAUGCUACGGCAGUGGUCCAUUCCAUGGGCAUCUUGCUGGAGACUGACUAUAAAGGAGUCCUGAGUGGAAAAGAGAAUCCGAUUACUGGUAUUUGUAGGGCUUUCAACUCCGUCAAGGGAACCUCCAGGAAUCCGCUGAAGGAGGGCAACAGUCCUGGGGAGCCGCAGCUGACAUAUGAGACGAUUAACCGCGAUUCUGGCAAGUAUUCCAAUCCUAGUAGCGCCCCUCACAUGCUAAUACCCAGCCAGCCAUAACUCUUGUAGAAGAAUCCGUUGCGACAGCGCCCGAAACUCUCACUUCCUUCGUCUAUAUCUCUGCAGCUGAUGGAUCCAUAGUCCUCCCUGGCCGCUAUAUCUCUACAAAGAGAGAGGCUGAAGCAGCUAUCACUGCUCUUUCCACGUCCAAGAAGCCAUUCCGUCCAAUACUACUCCGUCCGGGAUUCCUAUACGACACCACCCGUUCGGCCACCAUGCCCUUGGCAGGGUUGAUGGGCAUCACCUCGGCCGUGAACUCACUCUUUGGUGGAAAGUUACCGCUACUAGGUGUUGCGGGGUAUAAGCCGUUGAAGGUGGAGGUUGUUGCGGAGGCGGCUGUCGAGGCCAUCGCCAACGAGUCUGUUAAGGGUGUUGUGGAGGUCAAGGAUAUCGAGGAGUUGUACUCGAAGGCUUGGAGGAGAGAUAUGUUGUAGGUCCGGGGAAGGACCUCGGCGGCUUAGCACCAGCCGCAUGCUGUUUGGGAUAGCCGGGGGAAUGCUCAUGGGAUGGCGUCUGAUAUCUACACCUAAUAUCGUUAAUACCACUUCUCUUUUUAUCCCUUGCCACAGAGCAAACACUCCAUCCAUCGAGAGCUCCCAAACGUCUGCCGUGGGUCAAAAAAUCCAGAAUCGACAGGACAGGACCAACGAGUCCCUAACUCAUAUUUCGUCCGGUAUCCCGAGUGGAGCUAGCUCGGCCUCUCCCGUCUCCCCUGGUGGGAUUCUGUGACCCUCAUUCCCACGUCUCCAACACCAAACAUAGUUCCCGUCUGCCUUGGGUCCAUCGGAUAGGACCUCGGACCAUCAAACCGGGCUCCAUCCUGUCCCCACCCAUUGCCGAUUCGCCCUAAUUUACGCUAUACCAGGUCCCGGGCCCCAUCCGUCCCAUACAGAGAAACCCCCUCCAAAAUCGCGGCCCAUCGGGACCGUAUCAUAUCACCAAGUCGUCCAGAAUGACUUAGUUCCUUAUCCGAUAUGUCCGAGUGACCGAGUGACUCCUGAUGACCGCUUCCCUUCCCUCAUUAAACGUCAAACAUCCAAGGCCAUCGAUUGCUGAUAUCUCGGAGUAUCGCUACCCUCAAUACCACUGCCAUUGCCACCACCACCAUCACGCCUUCCACCUCGCAUACCGGUAAUGCCAGACGAGACCCAUGGUGAAACCACACCUCCUCCCCACCCCUGCCACAAAUUCCACGAGAGUGAGGAAAAAGAGAGAAAACUGCGGGCACCACCCUCACUCUUAUCUCGAGAAUCACACAGACUCCGCCUUUUACUCCGCACGGACACAGCAGCUUGAUAUGAAACCGAGCGUGUCUCCACGUAGACAGGACAAUCUGCCCACGGGAUGGAGAGGGAUAGAUCUUUGGCUGGCUUAUCUGGCUAUCGCCCUGUCUGUCUCUCUAUCUAUCUACAGAACCCCUCUAUCUGUGUGAUUCCGAAAAAUCUAUCACAUCACAGAUCUGAGCUACCUUUAAUCUCUAUCUACGUGCCAUGGACGAAUUGGGUUUGCGUGGCUUCUGAGCGCUGGCGGGGCAAGUAAGAAAUGUUAGCCGGAAAUAUGGUCAAGGCGAGUCGGGAUUAUUCUUCUCUUUGAUAGCUAUGAUGAUGAUGGCGUUAGAGUUGGGGGAGUUUGGAGGUGAUUGUAGUGAUUUACCCUUCAUCGAGAGGCUUGGGUUGGCCAAGGGCUCAACCGGUGGCUGGAGAUUCGUCAAAAGCCCAUUCCAAUCACGUUAGGCUUUUUGUUUCCGAAGUAUCAUUCCAUUGACCAAUUGUGUCUACACUCAUAGAAGAACGAAGGAUUGGGAAGCGGUGCUCUUGAGGGGUGGCAUACUCGGAUUCUGCAAGCACUAGUGCAAGAGAAGGAGUAUGAGGGAGGGGAUUUCCAGAUUAGAUUCCGAUAUAUUCAGAUCCCAAUUCUUUAUUUUUACUUUUCCUAGAGACAACCACGGUAUCCUGAAACCGCCAGCACUCUGGUUUCAUCGAAAGUCUCAAACUCAACAAAAUAUCCCUCCCUUCCUUACCACCAAAAAAGCGAAAAGAAAAAGACAAGGGACAAAAAAAUCACCCACGAAACCAUCCUCGAACCUUUUUUUUUUCUCAGCUCAGCUCCAGUCCAGUCCAAUUUACAACCAAACCCAUUCCAAGAGCAACCACGACAAUAAAAGAAAAACACUUCUCGAAGUUUCCAAGAACGUCAAGGAAAGAGAAAAGAAAAACAAACCAGCCCGUUCUUUCCGAUAUCGUACCGUACUCUAGCACUCCGGCACGGAACUCAUCUACGAGUGACGCACCAUGACGAUGAGCCUAGCGAUCAGGACUAAUCUAACCCAACAUCGUAUCGAAUGAACGCUCCAAGCGUACGGGGUAUACAACCUAUAAAGCACCCAGUCGCGGGAGGUAGGGGUGGGGUAGUGCAAAAAUACAAUUUAGAUUCAGUCAAAACUACCAGAUCUCUGGGUACCUGUUCAGUUGAGCUAAGUGCUGAAAUUGACCAACAAGGAGUGUAGUGGGUACAUAAUCCCCAUCUAUCUCUCGUGGUAUCAAUUCGAUGGAGGGAAAGGCACUAGGGAACUUAACUAGCCAUCCAGCCAGCGAUGGCGGUCUCACCGGCAUGAGUACUUUUUUUCAUUCGCAAAACGGAUUUAAAAAAAAAAGGUUAAAAAUUGGAGCUGGCUAUAAAAAAAAGUAUGCUAACAUGUACGCACAGUUCAUCAGGACUACCUUUACUUCUCCCUCUUUGUCUCUACAUACAAUCAAGCAAAUCAAUCAAUUAACUCACCUAGCAUCAUAGUACAAAAAGAAACACCCCCCCAUCAUCAUCGAGUCGAUGAAUUCCAAUGUAGAUGAACAAAUCAACGAGGCACCCGUCCGACUGGGCCAGGCAGGACAUUGAGUAUUUCAAAAAGAACGCCGACAAUCGAUCGAUCGGCAAGGGGUAACCUACGGUAAGAAAGGAAAGGAAGGAAGGAAGGAAGUAACACGAUCCACAAUCAGGGGGUGUAAAUGAAAUCAAAAUUCAUCGUGAGAAAUUGGAUUUGGGGUUUCCCACAUCAGUCCGCCCAUGGUCAGCGGGUGGUUUGUGUGUCACGCACGUACCCCCGAUAGCUACCGGACCCUGGCGAAGCACUGUGCCGUGAUGUAAGGGUAGAGUACCCCGCAAUGCAGACAUGGGAGAUCACUCGCUGGCAAUGUCAAUGGCGUGUGCGC